AUGUCUAGGUUAUUUAUGUUAGAGCCCGAUUUAAUAGCAGCUGGCGAAAACGUUUUACCGGAUUUAAAUAACGAUUUAGUUUUAGCGAAGAAUUUUUUAAAGCAACAAAGUGCAGCCACUGCUGAUUCUUUGUACGACCAUCUAGUGGACAUUGUACAAAAGAUUUUAACCCAAAAGCCGCCGGAUGUCGUCGACAACUUCGAACAAUACUCCUGGGAGGUAAAACACGAAAAAUUUCGGCCGAACUUCGACCUUCUCAAUGAUGUUUAUUUGUCGCCUGCGCAGCUUGCGUUGGUGCGCAAGAUGGACGAAAUGUUUAGGCUUGUAGCGAGCAAGUCCCAGAAAAUGGAGGAGCUUGGCGAAGAGGAGCAGGAGCUUGACCUGGAGGAAGAGGACGCUAAGCCGCGAAUAGCUGAUCUCAUCGACCAUAAUUAUUACUUUAGACAGGGUGGGUACGGUCUCCCCGACUGUGAGUGCUACGCGGUCUACAUAGCUCUCAAUAUGUUGGCUAUUAAAGAACCCGUCGCUACAGUCAGGUUUUUCGGCAAAAUAUAUGGCACUAAAGCGAAUUACUACAUCGCCGAAACGGAUCUGACGAUCGAGGAGUUGGAUAGAAGAAUUCGGGAGUUCGAAAUGAAAGACAUGCCCGGUGAGGGAGAAGGUAUAGACGAGGAUCGGGUCCAGGAAGCGGAGGAGCAGAAAGAGAUUAUGGGUGAGGGCGAAGCACGGGAGGAGAAGCCCAAAGAGCCGGUGCCCCCCAAACUGCCCCCCGCCCCGGUGUCCACGUGGCAACCCCCGCCCCCCAUACCCGUGGAGAGACCGGGACAAGGGGUCAAUAAGAAGGUGUUUUGGGUGUGUAACUCUCCCGGGGAACCGUGGGUGUGUCUCCCGGACGUGACGCCGGACCAGAUACGCGUGGCGCGUCUCAGUGUGAGGUGUAUGACCGGUGAUUUGGAUUCGGAGGUGCAAACGUUCCCCCCCUUCGAGGGCACGGAGCGCAACUACCUGCGCGCGCAGGUUGCACGCAUACAAGCGGGGACAUCCAUCUCUCCGCAAGGUUUUUACACGUUCGGCUCUGGGGAGGAGGAGGAGGAUAUUGAUAUGGAGGAGGGAGCUGGUGACCUGGCUUUCAAUCCAAACCCAUUUUACCAAGGACAUACUCUGAAAGACUUGCUCGACUCGAAUCUUACAUACUGGGUUCACCACGGGAGACACAUCUUGAAGCAGGGCAGGACUAUCUGGUGGAACCCUAAUGCGGGCAUGGACGAGGGUUUGGAAGAAGAGGACGAAGGUCCACCCCCCAUGGAACCGGAGUCAGGUCCGCCUCUCUUCACAGCACUGUCGGAGGAUGCCCAACUCGAGGGUCUGCCCGCGUGGCGAGCGCGAUCCAGCACAAUGCUGACUCCAGAUAGAGCUUUAGUUACGAUUCGCAGCGAUGUGUGGCCGGGGGCUGUGGCUUAUGCUACUACGGGGAAGAAAUCUGAGUGUAUGUAUGUCGGUUGGGGCCUCAAAUGCCAGCCGCCGAACUUCUCCCCGCUGCAACUGCCGAGGCCCCAGGACGAGUAUCCUGUGGGGCCCGAAGUUAUGGAGAUGGCGGACCCUACGUUCGCUGAUGAGGAGGCUUACCGUAUCGCACACCUCCCUCCCCCUCCCCCACCCGAACUGCCAGGGGAGGAGGGAGCCUUCGGGGAGGAAGAGGAGGAAGAAGAUGAAGAAUAGUCUUGUUA